AUGCCGACGAAGAGUUUACUGCUCGUCUUCAUCCACGGCUUCAAGGGAGGGGACCACACAUUUGAUGGUAAACAACUUCCUACAUUGAGUCGUGAAUUAUUACUCAAUAAAGACGGUANNGGCUUCCCGGACCACUUCAGAACCCUUGUGCAGAACGCUCUGCCAAAGAUCAAUGUUCUGUCCAUCGUAUACCCCAAGUUUGAGACUCAAGGCGAUCUAAACGAAUGUGUGGCCAAGUUUCACGGAUGGUUGCUCAACAAGUGCAUCGACCUGGAAGUCGCAAAUGGUACCCCAUCACCAACCAUUGACCCAUCAGUGAGGGUCGUUCUUGUCGGUCAUUCGAUGGGCGGUAUUGUAGCUGCGGAGACUCUGCUAAGCAUUGCUCGUGAUCAACCUGUACCCUCGAGUCAAACGUUCUCAACCACAGGCACUCAAGACGACUCGGAAAUUGGUAACAAGACCGCGUCAAACCCGACGUCCAACAAGAACAGUGCAGUCAACCUCGAAGUGCCAGAAUCGCAGCCUAGAUCCUCAUCAGCGCCUCCUCAGGAGAAGCCCUCAAUACCCUCUCAGGACACCGAUCCAGCCAACGCUCCAGAGUUCUUGUUCCCUUACAUCCAGGCUGUACUUGCCUUUGACACUCCCUAUCUAGGUAUACAUCCUGGUGUUGUGGCUCAUGGCGCAGAAGAACAUUACAAUACAGCUUCUGCCGCUCUAAGUGCCUACAACCAAGCCUCUCAAUUCUUUGGUAUUGGAAAAUCUUCCAGCACACCAGCGCCUCCCACAAAAGUUCCUGCAGGCGCUCUUCCACCGCCAGAGGCCGGCGCAUGGGGGAAAUGGGGCAAGUAUGCUAUGUUCGCAGGUGGCGCCGCAGCAUUAGCAGCAGCUGGAGGUGCAGUGUGGCAGAACCGCGAACACAUCUCUAAAGGCUGGGCUUGGGCAGGAGGACAUCUUGAAUUCGUUGGCUGCCUAGCCCGCGGUGCUGACCUGACCAAACGUGUCGAAAGCGUUGCUGCCCUCAGUUCUUCUCACAACAUCGGGUUCGCCGAUUUCUACACCUGCCUCGACACAAGCAAGCAAGGAAAGACUUAUUACUCGGAGCAACUACUGGGCGAAGAGAGAACUUUCUGUGUAGUACCGAAGGAAGCAAAGGAACAACGAGGUGAAUCACCGCUUAAGAAGCGCAAGACAAGCAAUGUUGUGGACAAGAAGCUGAAGAGUAAAGGCACCUGGGUCAAAUGCAUCAACGAGAAAGCGAGUAAGGAAAUCGCUGCUCACGUUGCCAUGUUCACGCCGAAAGACAACCCCGAUUACUACGCCAUGGCCGAUAGAGCAAAGGUUGUUUUGGUGAAGGCGGUGGAUAUGGAUUGGUAUGAGAGUUCCUCGCCGACCCCUGAAGCGACCCCCGAACCCGAGAAGCAGAAUCAGUCGGGCGCUGAGUCCGCGCAGGCUUGA